GACAUGUAAUUCAAAUUGAUAUAUCUUGUUGAAAGUGACGUUCAAGGCCUCAGGGUUGUAAGUAAUAACUUGUUUUUCGACCAUCACUUACUCAUGCCGGAUUUGUCGAUCUUACAAUCCUUUGAACUUUCAGAAAUACUCAGCGAAGAACCUGAUCGCUGUCGAUUGACUUUGCUUGGUUAUCUGCCUUCAACAUGGAACGCAUCCACUGACACCGAGAACCGUCGUCUCCGAGCAAUCAUCCUGAUUGAAAGGAAUGCUUUUGCUUCUGAGCAUGUCGCUUCGUUCUUCAACGACCUGGUCUACAAGGCAGAACUAAUAGAAUCGACGGACAUUUACAGCUGGUUUGCUGCCUGGAUAUCUUCUCAAGCCUCAGAAAUAAAACAACCUCAAGGUGAUGUGAAAAUCAAUGUGAUAUGUCCUGCCACCGAUGUCCACGUCAGAAAGUACACGAAGCAGAAAUCUAUUCUCGUUCAGGAAACUCCAGAACUUUAUCGUCGAAUUAUAGCACCCUACAUCGCCAAUCUCCCUCCUGAACGAACACGAUGGGUGACGGAAAUUCUUGCUGGGCGCUCAGAGCAGGACAAAGUUCUGUACUCUUCAUCUGACUACAUCAUCCUUCCCGACAUGAAGUGGGACCUUCAUACAACUGACAGUUUGUAUCUCAUCGCUAUCGCACGCGAUCCAACUCUACGAUCACUACGUGAUCUACGCGGAGAUGUGCACUUGAGUCUACUCACUUCGAUUCGGCAAGAAGCAUACAGGAUUGUGGGUGAUAAAUGGGGUAUUGGUCGCGGAGGCAUUCGAAUGUGGAUCCAUUAUCAGCCUAGUUAUUAUCACUUCCAUGUGCAUAUCGUGAAUGCAAAUUACGCACUUCCUGGAAUGGGGAUGGCGGUAGGGCAAGCUCAUUUGUUGGAAGAUGUUAUCGCACUUCUGAAGAUUAACUCGGACGUUUUCAAAGUCAUGGACCUCACAUACGGCCUAGGGGAACAGCAUGGUCUCUAUGAACCGAUGAAGACUGCACAGAGUGAAGUAGAUUGGAUCUCGUAAGAAAAAUCUUAACAAUAAAUUUGGUGAAAUCCCAAGCGAUUAGCGCACCUUAACCCGCCCCCUUUUCGCUUUCUGUCUUGUCAUUUCAUCCCAACUUCAUCCUUUAGGUGCGCCUGUAAUAGUGCCUACAUAUACACCAAUUGCACCAAUGUAUAAAGUAAAGACUAUACGGCGUGCUCAUAUGUAAUGUAUGCGCGCGAAAUUGCCGC